CUAAACUCACAGCGAGAACACGAUUACCUAAUCUCACCACCAAAUCUUCGUUCUACGUUGUGAUCAACAAAGUGAAAAAUCCGAGUAACCUUAUCAUGUCUCCAUCCAAAAUUAAAAAAUGGCAAUAAGUCCUUUUAAAAUGCUCCAAAGCACAAAUGAAAUGGUCUUUGUAUUUUCUCAAAAAGAAAUGGUCUUCGUAUUCAUCUCCAUUACUAAGAACCUCACCGGAGAACAGAACCCAAGUUGAUAUGCGUCCAUUCUCAGGCAGAAGGUCUAGAAGGUCUAGGCGGGUUAGCAACAAGGAAUGCUGUUGCUACUGCAGCUGCUUCUUCUUCAUCUUAGUCGGCGUCGCUAUCUACAUUUCGCAGGGCUUCAGAACUGACAACCCCAAAUGCUCCGUCGACUACUUCUACGUGCCGGCGCUCAACAGAACCCUGAACUCCACCACCAAUUCCACGUUGUACUUCAAUCUGAAGCUGGCAAACCCCAACGGCGGCAUCGGUAUUAACUACAACGACGUGAAGGUCAACGUCACCGUGUUCGACGCCGUGGGAAACGGGUCCCAGUCGUCCCACCUCCUGGGGGACACUACGAUCCAGCGCUUUUACCAGGGGUAUGCAAAGGCGGCUGAGAAACCGGGUCAUGUGGACUAUAACAUGACGGUGGUUUCCCAGGGGGUUUUCCCUAACGCGACGGCGGUUUUCCGGAUAGAUUUGGUGACGGCCGUAAGGUUCAAGAACGUGUUUUUGAGUAAGAGGCGUGAGAUCAGGGUAGGGGCAAGAGCAUUAGUCGACGAGAAUGGUUCUAUGGUUCUUCCAAAGAAGGAGAAGGACAUCGCACUUGUUUCCAUGGCUCCACAGCAGGGAUGCUGCAGCUUGGUUCUGCUGAUUCUGGGGAAUUUUCUGGUCUUGAUUAAUUUGGUUACUUUUUUGUGAGUUUUUCUUGCUUUUCGCUUUUUCAAGGCUUUUGAUUUUUAUCUUCUCUUUCUCAAAAAGAAAGAAAAUGUUGUUAUGUACGAGGAAUUUGCUCGUGGGAAAUUUUUUUUAACAAUUUGUAAUUAUUUACAGAGUUAAUUGGGGAGGAGGGAAAGGAUUUUCGUGAGUUUUAAAUGUGCAACUCAUAGAGGUGGACAGCCUUAACUCAGAUUUCAAUGUCACUGGAUCAGAACGAUGUGAUUCUUGCUUGUGGAAAUUUGAUUCUUAUUUUCAUAAAAAGAUAAAUUAAUU